AUGAAAAAUAAUGAUGGGAAAAAAAUGCAUUUGAUUGAAUCACAUUCAUUUAAAGAUACUUAUGAAGAUUUUAAUAAAAAAUUUAUGAAGAAGCUAUUAUAUAAUCAACAAAAUCUUAACUGGUGUGAUCUUGAUAUUAUGAAAAAUGAACAAUUAUCAUUUUGGGAAUGUGAAUUUUUAAAUGAAAGUGAAAAUUGGACAAAAAGUACAUGUUCUUGUCCAGCUUGUUUAAAGUAUUAUAUUUGUAAACACAUUAUAGGCUUAGCAGUACGAUACAAAUUAUGCAGCAUCCCAUUGGAAGCUAAAAAUAUUCCAUUGGGACAAAAAAGAAAAAGAGGCCAUGUUGCUAAAGCUAAAAAAGCUUUAAUUGUGCAAUAG